GGGGGGGGAGAAAAAAAAAAAAAAAAAAAAAAAAGAAGAGACGAACUGAAAGUCCACCCGGGACCAGGCUGCUGAAGCUCUCUCUGUUCCACACUGGCUUCAACAACAUUACCGCGGCGUUUUUGAGUCUGCCUGCUUCAGAGGCGUCAGGAAAUAUUACUGACAUGGACUUACAGCAGGCUGAACGUAUGGAUCAGUGCGGGCCGUGCCCGAAGAGAAGAAGGCACGACAGCGAGCGGUCGGUCUCCAGUGGAACCAGCGGCUGUUCUUCUUCUGCUUUGGAGUACACUGACCUGGAGGCGGCUGAAGCUCUGGUGUGCAUGAGCUCCUGGGGUCAGCCCCUGCUCCGCGGCGGCACCAAGCCUGCUCCCUGCAAGCCCCGGCCCCUCACUCCGGCUUCUGACUCCUGCGACUCCCUCCUUCCGCUGGAGCUCCAGGAGCCCCAGAGGGACUUUGUGUCCCUCUCCUCUCUGUGCAUGACACCUCCCCACAGCCCCAGCUUUGUCGAGACCUCACCAGGCAGCACGGUCCAGUCGAGCCCCGGCCCGACCGUGUCCGCGGCACUCUCCGGAUCUGAGCUCCACCCGCCCACCCUGGCGCGCAGCCCUGAAAGGACCCCUUCCCUGUCCGCUGCCCCACACCCCUGCAGAGCCAUGGCGACCAGCGUCAUCAGGCACACCGCAGACAGAGACCUGUGCCAGCACCACGUGCCACAGAGAGCCGCCAGCACAGGAACCGUAACAGGAACAACAGCGUGCAUGCGGCGGCUGCAGCAGCAAGGCGUUACAGACACACCUCGGUCUCCUCCUGCAGAGGAGACACGGCGUCCCGGCAGUCCCUCUAAACCCUCUUUGGACAGUGUCUCCACCUCCACACUCAACGCCCAACCACAAAGCCCACCCACUCCCAGGGUUGCCACAACGCUCUCCCCUCCUCCAGUGACCAGUCCUCAAAUCAUCUGCCAGAUGUUCCCCAUCUGCGGCCAGUCAGGUAUAAUCUCAGCCUUCAUCCCUGGUCCAGGUCAGGCCUCUGGUACUGGAAUUCGGACUACGACGACCCCCAUCCUCCCCCAACCCGCCUCAGCCAACAGCCCCCCGCUCCAGCAGCCCCUCAUCGUGGGCUCGGCGGUGCCACAGGCCACGGUGAUGCUGGUCCUCCCUCAGUCCUCGGUCUCUCAGGCCCCUCAGGGCUCGCAGACUGUCAUGACCCUGGGCAACACCAAACUGCUACCUCUGGCCCCGGCCCCCGUGUACAUGCCGGCCGGGCCCUGCAGCAACGCCGCGGCCACUAAAAUCGUCUUCUCCCGCAGGAGAAACUACAUCUGCACCUUUCCGGGUUGCAGAAAGACGUACUUCAAGAGUUCGCACCUCAAGGCGCAUCUGCGAACGCACACAGGCGAGAAGCCAUUCAGCUGCAGCUGGGACGGCUGCGAUAAGAGGUUCGCCCGCUCCGACGAGCUGUCCCGCCACCGUCGCACGCACACCGGCGAGAAGAAAUUCGUCUGCCCCGUGUGCGAUCGGCGGUUCAUGCGUAGCGACCACCUGACCAAACACGCCCGCCGUCACAUGACCACGAAGAAGAUUCCUAGCUGGCAGUCGGACGUUCGCAACCUGAGCAAAAUGGCCGCAGACAAAACUUCUCCCUGUAAAGCGGCCGUCGGCACCCUGAGCAUGCUGAUACCUGCCAGCUCCAAGUAGGCGCUGCACAGAUGCCAUCUUUCUCAGUCCGUGCAUAUUUAGGUAUCGAAGAUGCUCUCGCUGGAAGCAAGUAAUAAAAAAAAAACAAGUGA